AUGUCACCUAGAAUUACAAGAUCGGCCGCUCGCCAAGCAGCAAACCGAGCGGCUGCCCAGUCGUCAGCCUUGGGCCCCACCUCCGUCCCUUCUGAACCCCCGGCUGCACCUUUCAGCGCCACUGGUAUAGCUCCUAACGGCCAACCCGCCGCCGCAACAAGCACCAGAAAGCGAAAGCUGCCUACAAGUCGGGACCAGAGUCCUUUGUCUGGUGGGAAUCAGCAGACAUCUCCCACUCGUCGGUCGAAGCGGCAGAAGGGCUUGGAUCCAACCCAGCCUCCUACAAACCCCCCGGCGCCGUCCUCAUCUCGACCACAAACGAGAAGGGGCAAAGCCGCUUCCAACAUGUCAGCUCAAGACGAUUCCUCGGCUCCUUUUAGCACAGCUAGAUCGGCUACUCCGUCAGCGUCGUCCAGCAGGAAGUCGAGCCGAAGCAAGAAGCCCACUAGCUCUACUCCAGAUACGGGUUCCAAUCGUCGGUCAAAGAGGAACGCAAACAACUCCAGCGAUGCAGCAGACCAAGACACCGCCAUGACAGGUGCGGAUGACGAGCCCCAAGACGCUCCAGACCCUUCGACAUCUGUACCCGUUGACGAGAAUCGCUCUGCCGAUGACGAUAGCGACGAGAUGGACGAGGAUGAUCCACAACGGUACGAUGAGGAAGAAGAAGAUGACGGCCCUUUCGGUGCUUUUGGCGGACGACAUGGCUCAGGAUUUUCGAACACCCUUCGGGCUCUCACCGGCAUGAUGUCUGGUGUGUCCUCGCGGUUGCGAGACAUCUUGAACAGUCUACGCCAACCAGAUGAGUUCAUUCAGCAAGCCGCCCUCCAGGAGCUCUCCGAAAUCCUCCUUGUUUCUAAUGAGGAUAACCUGUCCGGUCACUUUUCCCCAGAUUCCUUCGUCAAGGAGCUUGUUACAUUGAUGCAGCCACCGAACAGCCCAGAGGUUAUGCUCCUCGCCUGCCGUUGCUUAGCGAAUCUUAUGGAGGCUCUCCCGGCUAGCGUGGCUAACGUUGUCUACGGCGGUGCUGUUCCCGUGCUUUGCAGCAAGCUACUUGAGAUCUCUUUUAUCGAUGUGGCUGAGCAAUCUUUGAGCACUUUGGAGAAGAUUUCGACCGAGUACCCUACGGCCAUCGUACGAGAGGGAGGUUUAACCGCCUGUCUCUCCUAUCUCGACUUCUUCGCCACCAGCACGCAGCGGACUGCCGUCACGACUGCUGCCAACUGCUGCCGCAACAUUCCUGAGGACUCAUUCCCCGUCGUCCGAGACGUUAUGCCCAAACUCCUUGAUGUUCUCGGUAGUAGCGAUCAACGGGUGGUUGAGCAAGCGUCCCUGUGCGUCUCGGGAAUUGUGGAGAGCUUCAAGUAUCACCCAUCCAAGCUCGAGCAGCUGGUUGACGUCGACCUUCUGCGAGCCGUUCUUCGCCUGCUUGUCCCAGGCACUACUAACCUGAUUGGACCUAACAUUCAUACCCAAUUCCUUCGUGUACUGGCCUUCACCGCUAAAGCUAGCCCGCGGCUCUCCGCCGAGCUGUUCAAGCUUAAUGUCGUCGAGACUCUCUAUCAGAUCCUCACGGGCGUCUCGCCACCAAGUGGCACAGAGGAUGUUGCGUCCAAGCUGGAUAGCGUUGUCAUUAUGCAAGCAUUGAUCCAUCGUCCACGGGAGCAGAUUAUCGAGACUUUGAACGUUAUUUGCGAACUACUCCCCGGUCUCCCGCGUAGUAUCGAGUCCUCUCUGCUCCUCGAGUCGCACAUCUUCCCAGAACCCAUCUCCCUCCGCUCGUCCAUCGGAUCUGGAAGAAACCAGGAUGAAUCCAAUGACAAGAGACUUGAGAUGUUGGAAGAGUGCAAGGAUGAAGUUAGAAGAUUCGCUUUGAUCCUUUUCCCAACUCUUACCGAUGCCUUCUCCAGCACGGUCAACUUAACCGUGAGACAAAAGGUCCUCACCGCACAGUUGAAGAUGCUCUCUAACCUCGAUGUGAGCAUCUUGACCGAGGCCCUUAGGUCGGUCCCAUAUGCCUCAUUCCUGGCCUCCAUCUUAUCUCAGAAGGAUCAUCCUUCCCUCGUGAUGCUUGCACUCCAGGCUACUGAACUCUUGGUGAGCCGGCUGGAUAAAAUUUAUCGAUACCAGCUCUAUCGCGAAGGUGUUAUGGCCGAGAUCACGCGACUUGCCACCGAGGAGGAUGCUCAAGUUUCGUCGCCCGCGUCAGCAAAAGAAGAGGAGAGUCAGAAUCGUGAGUCCCGCACCUCGGCGGAAUCAGCUGAGCGAUCCUCGGACCAUGAGGCAUCUGAAAACGAGGACGACGAGGAACAGGCAUCCUCAGACGAGGAGAAUGAGGAAGAGGAGGGAAACUACCCACGGGGUGACGAGGCUUCUGGGUCUCCGGUCAGUUCUCGGGGAUCUACUAUGUCCAUCGACGACGGGCCGCGUCAUAUUAUUUCAGAGGAGGAAAACGCACGCAACACGAUUCGGAAUGUUGCGAAGAAGUUCCUCGAGACCCACGAGACUGAGAACCAGAGUAGGGUGAUGAAGGAGAAAGCCGCCAAGAUUCUUGACAGCUUAUCUAUUCUUGCAAAGGACCUCGGUAAGCUGUACCUGGAGCCAGCUUCAGGAGCUCACUCUACCGAAGCGGGAAUUGCAUUGUUCUCGAGACUCGCUGCGUACUUUGACACAGACCUGCUGGAGAGUGUCACCAGUGCCGAGCUUUUAGCCUCGGGCCUUGUGCGUGUUCUUCUGGACGUGUUUAGCAACCCGGAUGAGGACCUCGCCCGUGCAGCUCAAUCCGCCUUCCUCCAGGUUUUCAUGGGUGGCAUUAGCAGCCUCAACUCUAAACUCCGCCGCGGCGGCGAUUCUUCAGCCACUCCAUUCAGCAUCAUGAUCCACAAGCUGCAAGAUUUGCUCAGUAGGUCCGAGCAUUUCGAAGUCAUCACCGUCCAUAACAACUCGGGUGAUGGUAACCGCAGUAGUGCUGUGUCUAUGCUUGGCAAGCAAAUCCGCCUCCGACUUAUCGCAGAGGACGAUUCAGAUAUCCCCCGUCCGUACCGGAACAUCGUCGUAUCUAUUCAAGCGAUAGCUACUUUCCAGUCCCUGGACGACUAUCUGCGCCCUCGCAUCUCUAUUACGGAAAGAGCACGAAGCGCUCGUCGAGAUGGGCUCACCAAGGCUUUGGCUGCGAUGGCUGGAGCUCGAGGACUUCCUCCCUUCGCUGGCUCAUCGUCUUCUGGUAGGCUCGCCGACCGAUCCGCACCUGGCUCGGUGGCUACUCCACCUCCACCCGCAUCCAAUACGACUUCCUCGGGCACGAGAGCUUCUCGGAAAUCUAAGUCGCGGCCUACCGCCGAAGCCGAUGAAGCACAGGCGUCCACGCCUUCGGGCCCGUCGCGUGAGAAGCGAGCUUUGCGGCGAUCAUCUUGCCGUCAAGGUGCGUCUACGGAGACGCCACCUCCACCUUUGCCGCCCCCAGAGGAAGAUGACGAUCUACAGGACGCCCUUGAGUGCGCCGAUGAGAAGCAUCUGACUGAUGAGGAGGAGGAUGAUGAUGAGGAUGAGCCGAGCGAGAACCGUACUCUCGCGGAUCUGGCGGGUGAUUUGGAUGAGGAAAUGGACGACGAGCCUACCCCUGACCCGUCCGCUGUCAAUUUGGAAGUUGCUGGUGACAAGGUCACCGCCAGAAAUGAGGACGGAACAAGGGUUCAUACUCCCAGCAACGCCAAUGGCCGCCACCCUCCCCCCAACCCUGCUACUCAGGCGACUCCUACCCCAUCCGCUUCCCGCCCCAUGACCUAUGCGGCCGCUAUCCAGUCCACUCCCCAGGAUUGGCACGUUGAGUUUAGCUUGGACGGAAAACCUGUUGGAAACGACACUACUAUUUAUAGGGCCGUUCAUCACCUAACAGCUUCUUCCGAGGAGCAUGUUGGCCGAAGCAUUUGGUCCCAGGUUCACUCCGUCAAGUUCAAGCGAGUCCCCGGACCUGUACCUCAGGAGUCGUCAUCUUCAUUCACAGUGCAGUCGGAUGGCGAGCCUGCUAUUGAUGGGAUCCCGGCGUCUCUUGCUAAGCAUCCCACUACAGCCUCUAUUCUUCGCCUCCUGCGAAUCUUGCAUGACCUCAAUGCAAACCUCGAAGACGUGCUUGUGGAGAACCAAGAGAAUAUCCAUAUUUCUGCGGAGCCCCUCUCCCAGUUUGUGAACACGAAGUUGACGGCGAAGCUGAACCGUCAACUUGAGGAGCCUUUGAUUGUGGCGAGCAACUGCCUUCCAAGCUGGUCCGAGGACCUAGCUAGGCUUUAUCCAUUCUUGUUCCCAUUCGAGACGCGUCAUCUGUUCCUCCAGUCGACCUCGUUCGGCUAUGCCCGCUCUAUGACACGCUGGCAGAAUGCACAGUCUGCGGAAGACUCUCGUCGUGAUAGGAGAGACGAUCGACCUUUCCUGGGCCGGCUUCAACGACAGAAGGUGAGAAUAGGGCGCGCCAAAAUCUUGGAGUCGGCUCUCAAGGUCAUGGAACUUUAUGGCGCAAGCCAGAGCGUUCUCGAAGUUGAAUACUUUGAGGAAGUUGGUACCGGCCUCGGCCCCACCCUCGAGUUCUACUCGACUAUUAGCAAGGAAUUCUCCAAGAAGAAGCUCAAGCUCUGGCGCGAGGUUGACUCGAACGAAUCUGAUGAGUUCGUCAACGGCCUUACGGGCCUGUUCCCGCGCCCGAUGAGUGAUGAGGAGGCGUCGUCGCCUAACGGAGAACGAGUGCUCCACCUGUUUACGUCCCUCGGCAAGUUCGUUGCCCGUUCCAUGCUGGACUCUCGCAUCAUCGAUAUCAACUUCAACCCCAUCUUCUUCCGAAUAGGCGACGAGUCGUCUCCCGUCGGUAUUCGACCAUCCCUUGGCGCAGUCAAGGUUGUUGAUCCCGGCCUAGGCCGCUCGCUGAAGGCAAUCAAACGGUUCUCCAUCGCGAAGAAGGAGAUUGACGAAGACCCCAGCCGAACGCCUACGCAAAAGGUCAUGCACACGGAGGAUAUUGUCAUUGACGGUUCCAAGAUUGAUGACCUUUGCCUCGAUUUCACACUGCCAGGUUUCCCUGAUAUCGAGUUGGUUCCUAAUGGGUCUCAGAUGCGCGUAACUAUCUCGAACGUGGACGAAUACCUCGACCGUGUUAUUGACAUGACCCUUGGUUCUGGUGUUCGUCGGCAGAUUGAUGCCUUCCGAGCCGGUUUCAGUCAUGUGUUCCCCUACUCGGCACUGAGUGCUUUCACACCCGAUGAGCUCGUGUCUCUCUUUGGCAAGGUUGAGGAGGAUUGGUCUCUUGAGACACUUAUGGAUUCUCUCAAGGCAGACCAUGGCUACAACAUGGAUAGCAGAUCAGUGAAGAACCUGCUCCAAACAAUGAGUGAGCUUACUCUCAGCCAGCGACGAGAGUUCCUCCAGUUCACGACUGGUAGUCCUAAGCUACCAAUUGGAGGAUUCAAAUCUCUAACGCCCAUGUUCACUGUUGUUUGCAAGCCCAGCGAGCAUCCCUACACGUCUGAUGACUAUCUGCCAAGUGUCAUGACCUGUGUGAACUACCUCAAGCUGCCUGACUACACGACCAUUGAUGUCAUGAAAAAGCAGCUGUUCACAGCCAUGAAGGAGGGUCAGGGUGCAUUCCAUCUCUCUUAG